AUGGAGACCGAAGGGGUAGAAGAUUCUUUGGAUAAUGAUGGGGAUGAUAACAAUGAUGACGAACUCAACGACGAAGAUGGAGAUGAUGAUGAGGAUGUAGGAACUUUUUUAGAGAUGGAGGUCGUAGGGGCCGAAGAGUCUUUGGACAAUGAUGGAGGUGAUAACAAUGAUGAUGAACUCGAAGAUAAAAAUAAAGAUGAUGAUGAUGAAGGAACUUUUUUAGAGGUGGAGGCCGAAGGGGCCGAAGAGUCUUUGGACAAUGACGGAGAUGAUAACAAUGAUGAUGAACUCGAAUAUAAAAAUAAAGAUGAUGAUGAUGAUGAAGGAACUUUUUUAGAGAUGGAGGCCGAAGGGGCGGAAAAGCCUAUGGACGGCGGUGGAUAA